CCAGGCUAGUCGGGCGGGUGCGCGGGGCGCUCGGGGCCCGGGGCCAGAGCUGGAGCCGGAGCCGGGCGGGCGCCAUGGAGGGGCUGCGGCGGGGGCUGUCGCGCUGGAAGCGCUACCACAUCAAGGUGCACCUGGCGGACGAGGCGCUGCUGCUACCGCUGACCGUGCGGCCGCGGGACACGCUCAGCGACCUGCGCGCGCAGCUGGUGGGCCAGGGCGUGAGCUCCUGGAAGCGCGCCUUCUACUACAACGCGCGGCGGCUGGACGACCACCAGACGGUGCGCGACGCGCGCCUGCAGGACGGCUCGGUGCUGCUGCUCGUCAGCGACCCCAGGUAGUCUGGGUUGGAGGAGGCAGAGCCAUGACCAAGGGGACCUGGGUACUGGCUGAAGGAAUAGGCUGGGGUAGAGGGCACUUUUGGAAGGCACUUCUCCCGCCUCCCGGGAGCCUAGAUCUCACUCCAGGGUCUGGGCUCCCAGGUGGACCGUGAAACCCUGGCCUGACCAGCUGAUGCACACUGCUUCAGACACUCCUGCUGGAGCCUCAGUCCCUGACAUGGACCUAGGACAUUUUUGCUCCUGCCCAGCCUAUCGGGAGGGAGCCUUGAGCCUUUCAGCUCUGCUGUGUGACUUUGAUGUUUUUGCUCCCCUCUUGGGGCCCUGGGUGCCCUGUCUUCAGUGGAAAGCACUGUGCCACCUUGGAAAGCUCCCAUGGGCAGCCAGAGGGCAUCGCAAGAAGAGAAGCACAGAAGGGGCAGGAGAGACACUCAGAGGCACUUCCACUCUUGCCCAGGACAUUCUCCCAGCCACACCUUUGCCCAAGCCGUGCCCCCUGCCUGGAGCACUUUUCAACCUCUUCUCUGCAGCUCCAAUACACCUGGGAUUGCAGUCUCCUCCAGGAAGUCUUCUCAGAUUCCCUCCUUUCCAGCCAGAGAGCACCUAGCCUUCUUUGGGGCCCCCACAGGCCCUUUGUGCAGUGAACAGCCCUGGCUGGGGGUGCAGCCAGUCGUGGCCGAACUCUCCAAUGACUAAGCGGGGAGAUGUGGACAUCCUAGCUCGUUCUCAGGCCUCCAACUGUGCCCCCAUUUCCACCCCCAAAUACCUCCCCAGGAGGCACCUGCGCCCACCCCCUGGGCUGUUUCCCCCUUCCCCUUAAAUCCGGAUGCCUCGUCUUGCAUAGGGUCUUGGGGCAGCGGGGAAGGGGGUCUGAAGAACUCUGGCCAAGAGGACGAGGAUCUGGGGGUGGGGAACUGGGCCUAGGUGUGGGAGGUCAUCGCGGGGCACUGCAGGGAGUGCGUUGUGGGAAUUCCGGGUGGAGACCCUCAGGGCAGUGUGCCGGGCCUCCAUUGCACCUCUGACCUGCAGCCACGUCAUUGUUGCGCAGCCCCUGGGGAGGGUCUUUGGGGAGGGGGUGCCGAGGCUACGCAUGUCCUCGAGGGCUGUGUACACUCUCCAGGCACCAUGGGCGGAGGUGCCAGAGCCUGGGAAGAAAUAAUGUUUUAAUUAAGAGUCCUGUUGGCUGCAGGACUCAGAGCGUGGACAGGUGGAUAGUAAAUCACCACCACGGGGACAGCCGCGCCCAGACUGUGCGUUUGCUUAGCUCGGGGACAGCACUUGGCCCGGGGUCUCCUGCUCGCCUCCCUUCAGAGCAUCUGCCAAACUUCGGGCAUCUACCCUGCAAUUCCCGCUUGGCUGAGAGGAGGGGGAGAAGGAGGGGAAGAGAGAGGAGCCCCACUUCACUCUGGCAGGCAGACCUGCUGGAGCUGCUUUGCAGAAUGACUUGGGUCUUGCUGGCCCCUGGGUGUGCCUGGAGGGGGGGUCUUCCUAUCCCCCUCCACCUCUCCCCUUGGUGCCUAACCCAGGACUGUCCCCAGAGACCCACUGUGUACUCCCUGGAGCUCCUCCUAGAGCAGAGUCUGCUGCUCUCUGUUCUGCAGAGGGUAACCUGAGGCCCAAGGAGGUUGUCAGGGACACAGAGCAGGGGGAGGCAGCCCAGAUCCCUGCUCAUGCGUGGUUUGGGCCUCUGCUAACAGCUGGGCCACAUGCGUGUAUCUAGAGCCUGGGUCCCCUCUGUCCUCAUUUCCCUGCGCAUAUUCAGGGACCUGCCUCAUCAAGGUUUGGCAAGAAAAUGGGGCAUUUAAUAAUCUCCCCAGUUUCAUUCCUUGGUCCUUACUCCAUGCCAGGACUUGUGCACAUCUUUUUGGAGCCCUGUCUCACUGGAUUGACAGCCGGCCAGGCGCGGUGGCUCACGCCUGUAAUCCCAGCACUUUGGGAGGACGAGGCAGGCGGAUCAUGAGGUUAGGAGAUGGAGACCAUCCUGGCUAACACGGUGAAACCCCGUCUCUACUAAAAGUACAAAAAAAUAGCUGGGCCUGGUGGCGGGCGCCUGUAGUCCCAGCUACUUGGGAGGCUGAGGCAGGAGAAUGGCGUGAACCCAGGAGGCAGAGGUUGCAGUGAGCCGAGAUCGCGCCACUGCACUCCAGCCUGGGCGACAGAGCGAGACUCCAUCUCAAAAAAAAAAAAAAAAGAUUGACAGCCUCACUGCUCAGGGGCCGGGAUAACAG